GCCCCCGAGCCGGAGCCGGAGCCGGAGUCGAAGUCGGAGGCUGAACAGAGCGGAGCCACUGUCUGGGCUAGAACGGAGCCGGCCGAGCGGGCGUCGAGCCCCCCGCCAUGGCCCGGAACACGCUGUCCUCGCGCUUCCGCCGAGUGGACAUCGACGAGUUUGACGAGAACAAAUUUGUGGACGAACAGGAGGAGGCGGCAGCGGCGGCGGUGGAGCCAGGCCCGGAUCCGAGCGAGGUGGACGGGCUCCUGCGGCAAGGGGACAUGCUUCGAGCCUUUCAUGCAGCCUUGCGGAACUCUCCUGUCAACACCAAGAACCAAGCUGUGAAGGAACGAGCCCAGGGCGUGGUGCUGAAAGUGCUCACAAAUUUUAAGAGCAGCGAAAUUGAGCAAGCGGUGCAAUCCCUGGACAGCAAUGGCAUUGACUUGUUAAUGAAGUACAUUUAUAAAGGGUUUGAGAAGCCCACAGAGAACAGCAGCGCAGUGUUACUCCAAUGGCAUGAAAAGGCAUUAGCAGUAGGAGGACUAGGCUCCAUUAUAAGAGUUCUUACAGCAAGAAAGACUGUUUAAAAAAAAAAAAAGAGACUCCUGUUACCUUGAGAAGAAUUUUGGAUGCACAGGCUGGUGAAGAAGGGAUUGACACUGGACCAUCUUCUUAGGAACUCCCAACUCAACUACUCAGGACCCGUGUCCUCUGAAAUGGAUUUCAUUUUCAAGGUGGAGGGAGAAACUGUCUUACUGUUUGCUAAAUCCUUUGCAGGAUCUGAUAGUCUGCCUUUGUCUACAAGUCAUGCAGCACUGACAUUUCUGAACUGUCUACUGGAGCGGCUGGCUUGGUCAGGUGCACCUGUGCACACUGCCUAUUUCCAAAGGGGGGUGGUCUGGCAGGUGAAGAUGUAAGGGCUGCUGUAGUAAAAGGGAGAGCUUGGUUUUGUGAUGUGGGAAAAACCCGAGGGUUUGUACAGACUUCCCGUCCUCCCAGAGAAGGCGGCUCUUGGGCUCAUUGUAAAGUGCCUGCUGCAUCAAUAAAAGCUCUUGGCUUCUUAGUAUCUACA